CAGCCCCCGGCACCGGCAGCAGCCACGGCCCAGGGUGCCCGGGAGGACGGGACAGGUCACCGCGUCCCCGUGCUGAGCCGUGCCAGGGGCAGCGCCGAGGCCCCUCCGGGCUCCUCGUACCGGCGGCACAACCUUUGCACGGGGCAGGGAGCGCCCGGGCACGGUGCCCGCGGGAUCGCACGCCUGCCUUGCUGGGGGCCGCGGCCGGGGCAGACCCUGCCGGCAGCCGCGUGGGGCUGUGGCCUCUGCCCAGGGACCCCCUGCCUGCACCGGGAUCCUGCCUGCACCGGGGUCCUGCCUGCGCCGGGGUCCUGCCUGCGCCGGGGCCCUGCCCACGCUGCCCCCAGGGCCAAGGAGUUGGGGUACAGUGGGGUCCGAGUGCCGGCACUGCAGGGUCCUGGGUGUCCCUCACCGCGCUGUGGCCACCCGUGCCGUGCUGUGCCGGGCCGUGCAGAGCCAACGCCGGCAGCACCGUGCCGAGCCUGGGCACCGGGACCGGUGGCGGCGGCACGGGGAUGGACGCGCGGCUGCAGGAGCUGCGGGAGGAGACGACCUUCCUGCGGGACGUGGCACGGGAGGAGGCCACGGAGCCGCCCUGCAGCCAGUGGGACAGCCACGCACCGGCCAUCGUCCCCGAGCCCCUGGCCAGCGACGCCGCCGUCCGCGUGCCCAACAGCCCCACGUCGCACAGGGACCUCGGCCUGAUCGCGGAGGCGGUGGGACGCAGCGAGUUCCUGCGGCGCCUGGGCGAGGGCUGCCCCGAGGCGCUGGCCCAGAGCUUCACCCCCGUCCGGCACAGCCCUGGUGACACGGUGCUGGCCGAGGGCGCCGAGGGCACGGCCAUGUACAUCGUGGCGGAGGGGCAGCUCAGCGUGAGCCAGCAGGGCCGGCCGCUCCGCACGCUGGGGCCGGGUGACGUGUUUGGGGAGCUGGCCCUCCUCUACCACUGCAGGCGCACGGCCACCGUGCAGGCGCUCGGCCCCGUGCGCCUCUGGGCCAUCGACAGGCAGCGGUACCGCGCCAUCGCCACCAGCAACGCCAAGCGGAGACGAGACGAGAUCCUGAGCUCCCUGCGGACGGUGCCCUGGCUACGGGACCUCUCCCACAGCCACCUCUGCAAGCUGCUGGACGCCAUGGAGGAGUGCACCUUCCCGCCCGGCCACGUCAUUAUCCACGAAGGGGACGAGGCGGAAAACUUCUACAUCAUCCUGAAGGGAGAGGUGCGGGUGAGCCGGCGGGUGCUGGGGCGGCAGAGGCCGGUCCGCGUCCUGCGCGCCGGGGAGCACUUCGGGGAGCGGGCCCUGCUGCGGAACACCCCCCGGACGGCGUCGUGCCAGGCCCAGGGACACGUCACCUGCGUCACCAUGGCCAAGGAUGACUUCCAGGAGAUCAGCCCCUUCUGCCCCCCGGAGCCCCCGGAGCCGGACGUGUGUGAUGGAGACGCAGCAGCCCCCGAGGAUCCCGGGAGGGGCUGGGGGUCCCCAAUCCUGCGGCAGCCCCCGGCACCGGAGCGGCUGGAGGACCUGGUGGCCGUGCGCUACGAGGAGGGUCAGUGGCAGGGCCAGCGCAUCGUCCUGGGCACCGGCGGCUUUGGCCGGGUCGAGCUGGUGCGGUGCCAGGAGCGGCUCUUUGCGCUGAAGCGGAUCCGCAAGGACUGGGUGGUGCGGCGGCAGCAGCAGGAGCACGUGCGCACCGAGCGGCGCGUGCUGGCGGGCAGCCGCAGCCCCUUCAUCGUGGGGUUUUUCGGCACCUUCCGGGACGGGCAGUACGUCUACCUGCUGCUGGAGUUCUGCCAGGGCGGCGAGCUGUGGACCAAGCUGCGCGAGAUGCGCUGCUUCGAGGAGCCGCUGGCCGUGUUCUGCUGCGCCUGCGUGGUCGAGGGCCUCGAGUACCUGCACGGCCGCGGCAUCGUCUACCGUGACCUGAAGCCGGAGAACCUCAUGCUGGACCAGCGCGGCUACGUCAAGCUGGUCGACUUUGGCUUCGCCAAGGAGCUGGGGCGGGGGGAGAAGACCUACUCCUUCUGCGGGACCCCCGAGUACCUGGCGCCAGAGAUGCUGCGCCAGGAGGGCCACGACUUCGCCGUCGACUUCUGGAUGCUGGGCAUCCUCGCCUUCGAGCUGCUGGUGGGCAGGCCCCCCUUCCACAGCGCCGACCCCCAGCAGAUCUACAGCCGCAUCCUGGACGGCGUCUUCUCCUUCCCCGCCUUCCUCGGCGAGGCCGCCUGCUCCCUCAUCAGCAAACUCUGCAGACGCCGUCCGGGGCAGCGCCUGGGGAACACGGCCAGCGGCAUCCGCGGCAUCAAGAAGCACAGGUGGUUCGGGGCCCUGAAGUGGAGGAAGCUCGUGCUGCGGCAGCUGGAGGCACCCACCCUGCGGCUCAUCAAGGAGGGACCCCCCUACGUCAACUUCAAGCGUUUCUCGGUCGACUGGACGCCAGCGGAGGACGAGUGCUCGGGCUGGGACGAGGAUUUCUGAUGGCAGCGGGACCCCCCCAUCCAGGGCGAUGCUCUUUGGGGUGGGGGGGGCUGCCCUGGGGCAGUAAAUCGCAGGGCCUCAGCGGGGUGCAGGAAG